UCCGCCUCCUCCGCCCACCACCAUCCCAUUACCCCCCUUCCCUCCCUAAUCCCGCCCUUAAACCCACCAUUUACCACCACCAUGGGCUCCGACGCCUCCGACCCCUCCUACCGCCUCCACCUCGCCUGCGCCGCGCUGGUGGGCGCCUCCGUCGCCGCCGCCUCCGGCUACUACCUGCACUGCCGCUCCGUCGCCGCCCAGCUCGGCGACGGCCUCUCCCGCUCCGCCUCCGCCCAGCGCCGGGGCGGGGGCGGCCGAGCCCCACCGCGCGCCGCCGGGAAGUCCCCGGCGCCGCCGCCGCCCCCGCCCCGCCGCGCGCCCGCGGGAUCGUCCUCGCUCCCCGACCUCUCCUCGCUCUACUCCGUCGGCCUCGGCGUCGGAGGGGCGGGCGCCGCCAGGAGGUACCCCGUGGCCGAGGAGGAGGAGGAGGAGGACGACGACGACGACGGCAUGAAGGAGCUCGCCGACGCCGCCGAGGCGUGCCUCCCGGUUCCCCUCGGCCUCCCCAGGCUGCACGUGGGGCCCGACGGCAAUAAACAGCUUGUCCGUUCAAGUUCAAACAGAAGGGUUGGAAUAAUCAAACCAAAUUCACCCAAGUCCCCUGUUGCCAGUGCAAGUGCUUUUGAGAGUGUAGAAGGAUCAGAUGAGGAUGAUGCUAAACAACCGAAUGGUAAACUUGAAAAUGGCUACCUGAAGAUGAAUGGAAAUGUUGAAGGAGAACAGAAAGGAAACAAAGUACUGGAAAAUGGGGCUGCAGCGCCAUUAGCUGCAGCAAGUUUGAUUCGGUCUCAUAGUAUAUCCAAUGAUCUUCAUGGUGUUCAACCUGAUCCAGUUGCUGCAGACAUUCUUCGAAAAGAACCUGAGCAAGAAUCAUUUAUUAAGCUGUUAACUGCUCCACAUGAGAUUCCGUCUCCUGAUGAGAUUGAGGUUUACAAGCUCCUUCAGAAGUGCCUUGAGUUAAGAGACUGUUAUCUUUUUAGAGAAGAGGUUGCUCCAUGGGAGAAGGAGGUCAUAAAUGAUCCCUGUACUCCAAAACCUGACCCCAAUCCGUUCACCUAUGUGCCUGAACCAAAAUCAGAGCAUGUUUUCCAAAUGGUCGAUGGUGUUGUCCAUGUCUAUGCAGAUAAAGACUAUACGGAAAUACUUUAUCCUGUUGCUGAUGCGACAACCUUCUUUACUGACUUGCAUUAUAUGCUCCGUGUGAUUUCUGCUGGAAACACAAGAACCGUGUGCCAUAACCGGUUAAAUCUUUUAGAGCAUAAAUUCAAAUUUCAUUUGAUGUUAAACGCGGAUAGGGAGUUUCUUGCCCAGAAGACUGCACCACAUCGUGAUUUUUACAAUGUCAGGAAGGUUGAUACUCAUGUACACCACUCAGCGUGCAUGAAUCAAAAACACUUGCUGAGAUUUAUAAAAUCCAAACUAAGGAAAGAACCUGAUGAGGUUGUCAUUUUCAGAGACGGCACUUAUAUGACUCUGAAGGAGGUUUUUGAGAGCUUGGACUUAACUGGGUAUGACUUGAAUGUUGAUUUACUAGAUGUCCAUGCGGACAAAAGUACAUUUCAUCGUUUUGACAAAUUCAACCUUAAGUACAAUCCGUGUGGCCAAAGUAGGCUCAGAGAGAUUUUCCUCAAACAGGACAAUCUUAUCCAAGGUCGUUUUCUUGCCGAGCUAACAAAGCAAGUUUUCUCCGACCUUACAGCAAGUAAAUACCAGAUGGCUGAAUAUAGGAUUUCAAUCUAUGGGAGGAAGCAAAGUGAAUGGGACAACCUUGCAAGCUGGAUAGUGAACAAUGAAUUGUCCAGUGAAAAUGUUGUCUGGCUGGUUCAGAUCCCACGCUUAUAUAAUGUGUACAAGGAAAUGGGUAUUGUUACAUCAUUCCAAACUCUUCUGGACAACAUUUUCCUUCCUCUGUUUGAGGUCACCAUUGAUCCAGCUUCUCAUCCGCAGCUUCACGUCUUCCUAAAGCAGGUUGUAGGGUUAGAUUUGGUUGAUGAUGAGAGUAAACCUGAAAGGCGUCCAACAAAGCAUAUGCCUACACCUGAACAAUGGACCAAUGUCUUCAACCCAGCAUUUUCAUAUUAUGCAUAUUACUGCUAUGCUAACUUAUACACACUCAAUAAGUUGCGUGAAUCAAAAGGGAUGACCACAAUCAAAUUCCGUCCACAUGCUGGCGAGGCUGGAGACAUCGAUCACUUGGCAGCAACAUUUCUUCUUUGUCACAAUAUAUCGCAUGGAAUCAACUUAAGGAAAUCUCCUGUGCUUCAAUAUCUAUACUAUCUUGGCCAGAUUGGUCUGGCAAUGUCCCCAUUAAGCAACAACUCCUUGUUUCUUGAUUACCACCGGAAUCCUUUCCCAAUGUUUUUCCAACGAGGCCUGAAUGUUUCCCUGUCAACGGAUGAUCCAUUGCAAAUUCACCUGACAAAAGAGCCAUUGGUGGAAGAAUACAGCAUUGCUGCUUCACUCUGGAAGCUCAGUUCUUGUGAUUUAUGUGAAAUAGCUAGAAACUCUGUCUAUCAAUCAGGGUUUUCACAUGCUCUCAAGGCACACUGGAUUGGCAAGAACUAUUACAAAAGAGGACCUACAGGGAACGAUAUUCAUAAAACUAAUGUGCCUCACAUCAGGGUUCAGUUUAGGGACUUGAUUUGGAGAGAUGAGAUGCGUCUUGUAUACCUAAACAAUGUCAUCUUACCUGACGAGGUGGACCAGUAACAUGUACCUGGUGUAUAUGGCGCGGUUGCCAUGGGAGUUACAUUUCAUGUUUGGUUAUUGGAAGUCAGCAUGAGAAGUGUUGUGAUACACAUCGUGUCCGGGUUCCAAGCCGACGAGAGAGAAACUUCAAACCAAGUAGUGCCCCCAAAAAGCACAACCAAAAGUACAACAAGAUAUACACAAUAAAAUUGGAUCUUACUAGAUUAGGAAGGAUGAAGCGGCUCAGCUGGGUGCUGGAUUUUGGGGUGUAGUGUAGGGGAGGCAGGCAAACAAUUGCUUCGGCGUGAUUGUAAUUGUGCAGCCUCUCGUUUGUGAAGGAUGCUAUACCAACAUUGCAUGUACUUUAACUGGUCUUACACAGUUAUACUCCUGCGAAUAAAGUGGCGCCGCUUGUUUUGCUCCCCAGAAGGAAAAA